AUGAAAUAUCAUUCCAUCUUCCUACCCCUCCUCCCAAUAACCGUCACCGCCCUCUUCUCCUGCAACGAAGACCAAAACGCCUUCCCCGCCCGCGCAGGGAAGUUCGUCGUCCACUAUACCUCCGUCCGCGACGAGAAUCUCGACGGACAGCCUUGGAUCCGCAUCUGCCUCCCCUCCCCCAAUGGCGACUUCACCGACGUCUCACCCCUCAACGUCCCCUGCAACGAAGGGCCGCCCGUCCGAUUCCCGUACGACCAGACGAAGCUGGAACACACCCUCAUCGUGACGAACGGGAAUGGGUGUGAUGAGGACUCGAGCAAUCUCGACGGGGCGAGGAUGGAGUAUGAUGGUCAGAAAAGGGAUUUGAGUGGGGAGGAUGAGGGGUGUGGGAAGAGGAGUCAUGGGAUUAGUUGUGAGUUUACUCUCUGA